AUGUUCUCAAACAAUGAUGAAGCUGCCAUCAACAAAAAACUGCCCAAAGAGCUGCUGCUUCGAAUUUUCUCUUUCCUGGAUGUGGUCACUCUGUGUCGUUGUGCUCAAGUUUCCAGGGCGUGGAAUGUUCUGGCCCUGGAUGGCAGUAACUGGCAGCGAAUUGACCUGUUUGAUUUCCAGAGGGAUAUUGAGGGCCGAGUGGUGGAGAACAUUUCCAAGAGGUGUGGGGGGUUCCUGCGCAAGCUGAGCCUGCGGGGCUGCCAGGGCGUGGGGGACAACGCCUUGAGGACCUUUGCCCAGAACUGCAGGAACAUUGAAGUGUUGAACCUCAAUGGUUGUACCAAGAUCACACAUCCAGACUGCACCAGCCUCAGCAAGUUCUGCUCCAAGCUCAGGCACCUGGACCUGGCCUCCUGCACCUCCAUCACCAACCUGUCCCUGAAAGCACUGAGCGAGGGAUGCCCGCUGCUGGAACAGCUCAUCAUCUCCUGGUGUGACCAAGUGACCAAGGACGGGAUCCAGGCGCUGGUCAGGGGCUGUGGGGGGCUCAGGGCCCUGUCCCUCAAGGGCUGCACCCAGCUGGAGGACGAGGCCCUCAAGUUCAUCGGUGCCCACUGUCCUGAGCUGGUGACCCUGAACCUGCAGACCUGCCUGCAAAUCACGGACGAUGGGCUGAUCACCAUCUGCAGGGGCUGCCACAAGCUGCAGUCCCUGUGUGCUUCUGGCUGCUCCAACAUCACCGACGCCAUCCUCAACGCCCUGGGCCAGAACUGCCCUCGCCUCCGAAUACUGGAAGUGGCAAGGUGUUCCCAGCUGACCGACGUGGGCUUCACCACCCUGGCCAGGAAUUGCCAUGAGCUUGAAAAAAUGGAUCUGGAAGAGUGUGUCCAGAUAACAGACAGCACACUAAUCCAGCUUUCCAUACACUGUCCACGGCUGCAGGUCCUGAGCUUGUCCCACUGCGAGCUGAUCACGGACGACGGGAUCCGUCACCUGGGCAACGGCGCCUGCGCCCACGACCGGCUGGAGGUCAUCGAGCUGGACAACUGCCCCCUGAUCACUGAUGCCUCCCUGGAACACCUCAAGAGCUGCCACAGCCUGGAGAGGAUAGAGCUGUACGACUGCCAGCAGAUCACACGGGCUGGGAUCAAGAGACUCAGGACCCACCUGCCCAACAUCAAAGUCCACGCCUACUUCGCGCCGGUGACCCCCCCGCCCUCGGUGGGCGGCAGCCGACAGCGCUUCUGCAGAUGCUGCAUCAUCCUAUGACACUGGCAGCUCCUCCCUGCGAUCCGGGGCUGGAACCGCGCCCGAGCAAUCCCGGGGACAGCAGAAGCUUGGAGGAAAAGCAUCCCAGUGUCAUUGCAGGGCCAGUGAGCAGGGCGGGGCUGCCCUGGAGCCGCCCGCACACCCCCUGGGAUCCCUGUGAGCACAGCCGGGGCUGUGCCGGCUCCUCCCUGCCCGCAUUGGCCUCGUCCCGAGCAUUCCUGCUGGGAAUUCCUGGGAAAAGCCCUGCAGGAAGGAGGGGAGGGCUCCCAGCCUGGAGGGACUGAUGCUGUUGGUGAGGAUGGAAAAGGAACUGAGAUCCUUGGAAUGGGGAGAGGGGAGAGGAGAGGAGAGGAGAGGAGAGGAGCACGCUUGAACCCUAAAAUCCCAACAGACCUGAAAACCCCAACGAGUUCCGUGUCUGUCUGUCAGGGAAGGGAUGAAACAGCAGCUGCUGAUUUCCCUGGGGUCCAGGAUUCCCCUGAGCUCCAGGAUUCCCCUGAGCUUCCCUGAGCAUGCUCACAUGAAGGCUCAUCUUUUUUCCUGUGUCCGUGGCAUCCAGCUCAGAGAAUUCCCAGAUUCUCCCCAGAUUGUUGUGGUAGAGCUUGGAAUUUCUAAUGCCACGGAUUUUUACCCUCCCCAAAUCCUGGGGAGGCAGUUUUCUCUGUUUAUUGGGGGGUUUUUUUGGGUUUUUUAAAUUUUUUUUUCCAAAUUUCUGAUUUAGUCAUUUCUUGAUAUUUCCCAGCCCAAAGCGACGAAUCCAUAAGGAUUUAUUUUUUCCCCAGGAGAAGCCUGAGCCUGUGCUGAGCUGUCAGGAAGAUUUGAAAGAAUGACAGGGAGCUGCACCCCAGGCUGGGCUCUCCUGGGCUCCCUCACCUGUGUGAUCAGGGAUUGGGUGUCCCAAAUUUAUCCCAAAUCCAGCUUUUAUCCCAAUGACAAGGAUAGAAUUCCCCAUACAGGGAAUAAUUUACAUACAAAUACAUAUUUCUCAGUACAGGGGGGAAUUUCUAAUCCAUGUCCUGUGGGUUCCCUCCUGUCCUUCCCCUCCAUCCUUUCCCCAAGGAGAAGCAAAGCUGACGUUUUUGCUUGUUGCCCUGGUGAAGAAUUAAGGAUUCCCUGCUGGAGCAGGGCUGGGAUCCACCCUGGCUCCCUGUGGGUGCUGGGGCUCCUCCCACCCUCCCCA